AUGGUGGCUGCUGAUGAACAUCUAAUAGAGACAAAACUCGAAUCUGAAAACUUCAUCGGAAACGAAAUUGCUUUCUCUGUUUCAUCUUCCAAUAACCAACGUCGAACUGAUAAUACAAUCCGCAUUAAAAUGGCUCACAACUACACUGGUGCCUCUGGCGAUGACGGUGCUGGUGGCUGCAAGGGCGGAGGCGGUCAGCCCAAGGGAAAAUAA